UUGACUUAUUUUCAUCUGUGGGCUGCAGUGCAGGCACACCAAUGUCGGUAUUUGUUUAAGAAAUUGUGUAACACGUGUAGGUGUUUUCCUUUGAAGUUAUGGGAUAAUUUGCCGACACUAUGCCAGCAACAAACGGAAAGAAACAGAAGAAGAGCAGGGACACUGCCGUACAGGGAACCAAUGACAGCAGUGUGGUGAGCAAGGUGUCUGCCGCAGCUCAGGGCUACUUCAAGGAUGACUUCCUUCAACACUUUGUGUGCAAAGUGGCCAGGAGAGCUCCGCUCAUCAACAGGGGCUAUUAUGUGCGCUGGAGAGCUGUGGACCACUGUGUGAGGAAAUUCCUUCAGAUUACUGAAAAAUGCCCUAAAAGACAGAUUUUGUCUUUGGGUGCAGGGUUCGACUCUUUGUAUUUCCGCCUACAUGCAGAUGGAGCUCUGAACAGGGCUGUAGUGUUCGAGGUAGAUUUCCCCAAUGUCUCCCGGCGCAAGGCUGCCCUCAUCAGUUCUAAUAUAACACUGAGGGGGAUGUUGGACUCCCAGUCACCUUCACUUACAGGACCUGUUUAUGUGUCCAGCAGUCAGUACCGUCUGUUAGGGGUGGAUGUUAGAGAGGAGUCCAAGGUGGAAGAGGCUCUGGAUGCAGCUGAGAUGGACUGGACUGCCCCUACCUUACUUCUUUCUGAAGUGGUGCUCACCUACAUGGAAACACAGUGGUCCGAUGCCGUCAUUAGUUGGGCAGCAAAGCUCCUGCCACAGUCUCUCUUUGUGAUGUAUGAGCAGAUCCAUCCACGCGAUCCUUUUGGUCGGAUCAUGCAGGAACAUUUCCUCAAACUCAGUUCAACUCUGCAUGCUCUUCGACAAUACCCAGACGCCUCCGCACAGAGGCGCCGCUUCCUGGACAAGGGCUGGGACGAGUGUGUUUUUCUGGAUAUGAAUGACUUCUUUUUUGGGCUGGUCCCUGAGGAGGAGAGAUGCAGGAUGGAGAGCCUGGAGCCUUUUGAUGAAUAUGAGGAGUGGCACCAGAAAUGUUCCCACUACUUCAUCCUGACUGCAUCCCGGAGCUCUUUGAUGGCACAGGCUUUACUCCCUCAGGCUCCAGAAUCUCCUGCGCCAUCCGUUGGACCCUCUUGGAGCACAACGACCCUGAGCGUGCACACUGUACCAGUGUGUGUGGAGGGGCUGGGGAUGGCUUCCCUCUCAGUGAGGCCAGAGUGGGUUCUGCUAACAGGAGGCUCCAGCAGAGAAGGCAGAGGGGCAGCGACCAGAGUCCUGCUCAGAGGUCAGGAAGGUUGGAGAUCUGUGAGCGUGGAGCCGUCAGCUGAGCUAGGUGUGCGACUCUACCACACGGUUACCUCUGUAGCUGGAGGAGGUGCUGUGGUGUAUGGAGGUCGCUCCUCUCCACUCAACCCAAUCAGAAGCCUUUUCAAAGUGACCUUCGACCCCUGCGGUCCACCUGGUGCUCUGGAGUUAGAGGGCCAAGAUGCAGCAAAGCUUUGUGUGGAGGAGAUGAUCUGUACAGGAAAUCCACCACCACCAAGAUGGAGGCACUCUGCUACCAUAACCAGUCACAGAGGCAGAGAGUUUGUGUUUGUGUUUGGUGGAAAGAACCAAUCAGAGGCCGUUUUGGGUGACAGUUACUUCCUGAGUGUCGACCAGCAGCACUGGACUGAGAUCUCAGUAGAGGGCGCAGCACCAGAGGCUCGUCACUCUCACUCAGCAUGCUCAUAUCAAGGCGGUGUGGUGGUGUUUGGAGGGCUGAGCAGAGCAGGGGUACCCCUGGGUGACACAGUGGUCUUGAGGCCAACUGAAAGAGGCUUCUGCUGGGAGAGAUUAGAUGUGCAGCCCCCUCCUGUACCCAGAUACUCUCAUUGUGCCCAUGUGAGUGGUGAGAAGCUGGUUGUGGUAGGUGGAGUCUGGCUGCAUUCAGAGGGCGUACCAGGUGUUGCUGUGAUCAACAUCACCACGUGCAGCAGUGUGGAGUUCAAGCUGGACACGACCUCAGUGCCCUGGCCUCUGAUGCUCCACUCAUUUUGCUCUGAGGUGACCGACUCAGAAGAUCCAGAGCUGCUCCUGAUAGGCGGGGGAGGCAACUGUUUUUCCUUUGGGACUCACUGGAACCCUCAGGCUGUCACUGUGGACCUCAAACUCGUGCGGGGCUGAAUCAGCCUCAAGUUUUUCUAUGAAAGUUUUUCUAUGAAAUGGCACCAAAAAUUCACAGCUGGUUAAAGUGCCCUUAGGUCAGGUCUGUUCAAAGAUCCUGACAAAUGCUGACUUCCUGUUGUCAUCAUUCUCAUAAUUAUGUAAAAAAGACCUCCUAUUGGCCAAGCAGCAACCCCCAGAGUGCCAAAGGUGCUUAAAACUGCAGUUCCCCUAGUGGCCACUUGAGGCUCACUCCAAAAACAUGUCAGUCCCCAUAGACUCCCAUGUUAAAAUGUCCAACUUUACAGCAGAAAUAAACAUUUUUACUGCCUGCUACAGAGAUGGGUUUUUGUGUUUAUAACUUAUUUAUUUCUUUUUGACAAGGGUACAGGCCUCUUAUAUAACUUUAAAUAUGGGAAUUUAAGUGUGUGGCUGCUGACUCGGGUGGCCAUAGCUGCUAGCUGUCAACCCAACUAACUAGCUAUCUGAAAUUUAAUAUGGCUUGGUUAGCUGUACUAACAGACCCUGCAAGAAGUUUCUGCUCCAGUUUCAGUGCACAAAAUAUUGGCACUAAUUAUCAUGUGUCUGUGACUGUGUGCUACAGUUAUACAGUCUGUGUGAUGCAACUUGCCAAGUUGAUCUUGAGCUUUGACCAGCUUUUUCAUUUCACCCUCCUCCCUCUGAUCCAAAUAUGGUUACUUCUGGCUCCAAAAAACAAGAUGCGAUGACCAGUGGGUGAUGUCACAGUGGCUUCAUCCACCUUUUACAUUCAUGUUGUGAUAUUUCAAAGAGAACUGGCAUCUUUUAAUCAUGAGAAAUGGUAUGUGUAUGUGAGAAUGGGUAGAAGCUCUGUGUAAAUAGGGAUAUCCAUAAAGCUCUCACCAAGUUGAAGAGCAAAGUCAUUAAGGAAUUUGAUUUAUCUGAGAUCCUUGAGGUAACACUUUGAUAGAUGCUGAUUGACAGUGCUGAUCACAUGCAGCAGUGGUAUUGUUACUCUAAGUUGGUCCAUUGCCUCUUCAUCUCCUUCUUAUUGCCAGGAUACAGUUGGACUGAAAUCCAUUUACCUCAAUCUGUCUGUUGAAAUUACUCCAUAAAGAUGCACAUCAUUAAAAUAUUUACUUCUGUUCUAACAUCUUGGAUAUGAUUCUCUGCACUCUGUCCUGAGGGAAAAUGCAAAAGCUUUGGGAAAGUCAAAGAGUUUCUGUUAAAAUUGAAAGCCUCCUGAACUGACUGACAAGAGUGAUUUGAAGCCAGUCUUUGUGUUUAAUAUUGCUGUUUCUUUCUGCCCUGAGAAAAUAUUGACUGUUUUUUGAUGUAUGUAUUAUGUAAAUGAAUAAAAAAUAACUAUAAUGAUUUCAUAAAAAGAUGAUUUUACCUUUAAACU